CGCACCACGUGACCGCCGGCCCCUCCCUCUCUCUCUAGCCGCGCGGCGUCGCUCUCCGGGUAUUUGAACCGCGCUUCCGCCAUCUUCCCAGCGCCCAGUCAGUGAGGGGAGCGACGCGGAGAGAAGCCUCGGGAAAGACCCAGCAUGGCCGCCCAAGGAGAGCCUCAAGUGCAGUUUAAGCUUGUCCUGGUUGGUGAUGGUGGCACUGGUAAAACAACAUUUGUAAAGCGUCAUUUGACUGGUGAAUUUGAAAAGAAGUAUGUAGCAACUCUGGGUGUUGAAGUUCAUCCUCUGGUGUUCCAUACUAACAGAGGACCUAUUAAAUUUAAUGUAUGGGACACAGCUGGCCAAGAGAAAUUUGGUGGCCUGCGAGAUGGCUAUUACAUCCAAGCUCAGUGUGCCAUCAUAAUGUUUGAUGUAACAUCAAGAGUUACUUACAAGAAUGUACCAAAUUGGCACAGAGAUUUGGUACGAGUAUGUGAAAACAUCCCUAUAGUGUUGUGUGGCAACAAAGUGGAUAUUAAGGACAGAAAAGUCAAGGCAAAAUCCAUUGUCUUCCACAGGAAGAAGAACCUUCAGUAUUAUGAUAUUUCAGCCAAGAGUAACUACAACUUUGAGAAGCCUUUCCUCUGGCUUGCUAGAAAGCUUAUUGGAGAUCCUAACUUGGAGUUUGUUGCCAUGCCUGCUCUUGCACCACCUGAAGUUGUUAUGGACCCAGCACUGGCAGCACAGUAUGAGCAAGACUUACAGAUUGCUCAAACCACUGCACUGCCAGAUGAAGAUGAUGACCUGUGAGGGAUGAAGCUGGAGCCCAGCGUCAGAAGUCUAGUUUUAUAGGCAACUGUCCUGUGAUGUCAGUGGUGCAGCGUGUUUGCCACCUUAUUAUCUAGCUGAGCAGAACAUGUGCUUAAUUUUUGGGAUGCUGAAAGAGAUGAAUGGGCUUCGGAGUGAAUGUGGCAGUUUAAAACAAAACGAAAAAAAAAAUCAAAACCUUCAUAUUUUGGACCUGCAUAUUUAGCUGUUUUUUGGACUGCAAUUACUUCCCCUUUUGAGUUUCAAAUAUAAGAUUGCUGCAGUCACAUCAGAGUGUUAAGUGGUAAAUCUUGUUUCUGUCAUUCCCAUUCUUUUUUGUUUAGAUAAUAAAGUUGUAUUUCAAGGAUCUUUAAGCAAGUGAACUUUCAUGCAUUGUUAGCAAGAUUUGUUGAAGUCUCUUCCCUUCUUUUGAGGCUGAUGCUUGAUUGUCUAUACUACAGUUCUUGUUCCCUCUUCCUUUUUUCUCCUGCUCAUGUUAUGGUUGCCUUGCUAAAUCAGCUAACAGUUAACUUUUCUUUGAUUUCCUGAAGCAUAUUACUAAAGUACCUGAGGAAAGCUGAACUAACUGCCAGGUAAAACUAGAGCAGUGAACACCUGACUGGUAAGUGUGACUGGAUCAACAUUCCUGUGCAAAUGGGAAUGUUUGUCUGCAAGGUGUUUUGAGAGUAAAGUGUGUAGUUCAGCUGGCAUAUGCUACCUUUAUAUACAGUCUCUUAACGUUUAGUAUGUUCUACAAUAUGCCUCUGCAGAGUUCUGUAUUUUUAGUAGCCAGAUACAAAUGGCAUCUAGGUCUGGUAGGUGACUUAAAGCUGUAUCUGCAUGGAACAUCGUACAGUAGAGCUAUAGCUGAUGAAACAGACUCAAGGCAUCUUAAAUUCACUAAGUAGAAAACAGCUGUAGUUUGAGCUAAAAAGCUCUUGGCAUCAAACCAGCAUAUUAACUAAAGCCACACUUAAUAUAUUUUAGACUUUCCUGUAACUGCACCAAGUUCUUAAUUUGAAACUCCAGCUUAUUACAGCACAAAAUGGUGGAAAGUGUCAACUUUUAACACUAUCUUGUAGACAUUAAUCUCGGUCAAUAUAAGUACUGCUAGUAAACAAAACAAGUUUAAGAUACCAUUUUUUCAGUAGUGUAUGAGUACAUGAAGCCUUGAACUCUUCCGUUUUGUAUUUUUGGUUUCUUAAUAAAGUGGAGCAUUUCAUUUA